AUGUCAGUCACGUCUCGGUAUGCGAAUACUGGUGUUGUGCGCCAAUUGUUGCGUGCCAGCUCUUCAACGCCAUCUGUAAUCACCACUGCUAUACAUGCAACCACCAACUCAACAGCAACAAUCAACUCCAAUUGGCAUCAAUCUCGAUCAUAUGCGGUUUCAAAAGGACCAAGAGCUCCGCUUCGAAAACCUCCAAGAGCUCCUAUAGAAGCACCAAGAUCCGUCCCUUCUCAAUCCCAAUCCAAGCCUCCGCCGGUCCUCGAUUUUGAUCGUUUAUACAAGGUUAACCAAGAACUCACACCCGAUGUUUUCGAGAAGGCCAUUAGACUAUGGGAUGGAGACCUAAGAGCACCCACGUCAGAAGAAUGCUACAAGCACGCAAUAAACUUUCUCCAACAAGUUCUUGAUGCUGCACCCGAUUUUCCGAACCUGGCUGCUAUUAACCUCCCACUGGAAACCGCGCAUGUGAUGGGGUGUCUGAUAUUCCUUGACAAUUCACCGGAAAUCCGGAACCUUGGAUGUACGCUCCUUGCAUCUGCCUCCGAGGCAAAUUACAAUCCCUCCACCAUCACCCUGGCAAGGUUGUUGCUUCGUUCAGGUAACUGGGGCAGUUCGCGGUCAUCCACACAUCUCCAGAAACGCUUCAUGAAGCUCGUGUUUGAAGGAAAAGACUGCAACGCCCUCGCCGUGUACGGAGAACAUCUAUUCAUGGCUCGCAAGUACGCCGCGGCUGUGCCCAUGCUGAACCAAGCCAUCAGCGUCGACGACGGCAUCUUCGAGUGGAGGCGUAUGUGCAUGCGGUAUCUCGCAAAGGCGUAUGCACAACUCGGAAAGAUCAAGGAGGCUGAGAAUGUGCUCGAGAAGCUUGGGGAUCCAGAUGCUUGGAUUGAGCUUGGUCCCCUGCUUGAUAGAGGCGGGUUUGAGGAUACGCGGCAGUGGCUGUAUAGAGAAGGGUAUGAAGGAAGGUUGGAAGAGUUUCGGAAAUUAGCUGAGAUGGAUUUCGAGAAGGCUUCCAAGGAGACGGACAAGGCUUUGAAGCAUGAGUAUAAUCUCUGGGCGAUGGAGUGGUCGAGACUAGCAGAUCCCAGUGUGGAAAACUAG